CAAGCGAAGGGUAAGCGUCAGUAGUAGGGAGUCCUGCAUUAGUCUAAAUCCCGUACUAUUAUCCACAGAAGUAUCAGACCCUAACAGAAACGUCGAUUGCAGCACGAAGUGAACAGUUAACCAGGGAUGGAAGUUCAGCACCUUGGAUAACUGCUUAGGCUUUGCAAUAUAUUAUACAUAUUUUUACGGGAAAAGCUGUCACGCCGACCUGACACAACACGUAACUGGAACAAUUUUGCCUGAGGAUACACACUAUCAACAGGUGUUUAUCCCUAGACAGAAAUGGCCACUGUUCCCAAAACACCCAUACAGACGAUCGUCUUCUUUGAUCUAGAGGCGACGAGCCUGACAAGGCCACGAAUCACUGAACUGUGUCUACUGUCUGUCCAACGCGAGGAGUUCCUGACGCGUAACGGCUCCCCAAGAGUAGUAAACAAACUGACUCUCUGUGUGGACCCACAGAAAGCUAUCAGCCCAAUAGCCAAUAACAUGACGGGUCUGUACAAUGACAGUCUGGAAUCUCAAACACCAUUUGACAAUAAGGUAGUCGACAUAAUGGCUCAUUUCCUGUCCAGACUACCACAGCCAGUCUGUCUGGUAGCACAUUAUGGACAUGGCUUUGACUACCCACUUCUCAAUGCAGAGUUGAAACGUGCCAAGUGUGAGCUGCCUUUGGAUGUGGUGUGUGUUGACAGUCUGGAAGCUAUCCGGGCCAUAGACAUGCAGACCCUGUAUGAGCAGGAGCAGCAACGCAUAGACAUGCAAAACCAAAACAAUUCCACACCAACACAUCGGGGAAUCCAGUCAGGUCAGGGUGUACAGCCAAGCAAUUCCACACCAACACAUCGGGGAAUCCAGUCAGGUCAGGGUGUACAGCCAAACAAUUCAACAACUCCUGAACUUCAGACACAACCCACACAUACUGCCACUGUCAAGCAAGACACCAUGCUUGCAAAACGCAAAGCAGAUGCAGGAAGCAUUGAACAUGUCAGGAAAAGGCUUUUUACUGAUUCAGACAAAGUAGCAAAAGAGGUUGAAAACAGUGAGGACAAAACUAAAGUAGAAAUGGCUUGUUGUAAAGAAAAACAAACUGUGGAAGCCACAAGACAACUGGUACAAAAUCUACAUGAAAUAAACCCAGAAACAGCUGUUGUACCAACACCUUCACGCGACACACCAGAACAGCCCAAGGCUCAGGAGGAACAGAAUGUAGGACUGCAGUCUAUAGCAGCGUCUUCAGUACUCGACUCCCAGCAAAGUGUCACGGACGACAUGCUCAUGGAAGCUGUUGAAAGUGUCGAGGCAGAUGAGAACUUUGAAAAGGCUGGUACAUCUAUGACAAAAUGUCCUCCUUCUGUCAGUAAUGUGACUCUCAAACCUUCUACACAGAGAACCAGUCCUCCUCAGGCACACGUUAUGUGUUCUAACAAUGACAGCAAUAGUGGUACAGGAAAUGACAAAGCUGGUUUACCAGGGACAAGUGUCUCUGUGCCUGGAAACAGUGGGGUGUGUUUUACAGGAAAUGUCAAUGCUCAAUUACCAGAGACAAGUGGCGUCCAUGAUGUCAAGUCAAUAGAUAGAGUCCCCAACAACGGCUUUCAGUCGGCGCAGCCAUCAGCGGGUGAUACAGUUAGAUGUAAAACAUCAAUAGAUCAGUUACACACACCUGUUAAAUCUAGUAACAACAAUGUAACACCUGUAACCACUGGCGUCAACAACAACAACAAUUCAGUCACCAAUCAGGACCACGUUACUCCCAUGGUUCUGCCAAAAUUGUCGUACAAACUAGAAGAGAUAUAUUAUCGUACUUUUGGUCAGAAACCACCUUUGUCUCAUAAUGCUGAGGACGAUUGUAUAACCUUGAUGAAAGUUUGUAAAAAGAGGUGUCCUCAGUUCUUAGAGUGGGUUAACAAACACCAGGUGUUACUGUCUACUCUGCCUCCUAUGUAUUAAACAAUUGUCUUGUAACCAAGUGGGUAUAUGUACCAACAACAGAUGUCACCUAUGUACAGAGCAGGUACAUGUCCUCUACCUGGAGACCCUAAACCAUACAGUGUGGGUAGAUUAAAGACCAACACCUGUGUCGCUGUCUAACCCAUCACCUAUGUACAGAGCAGGUACAUGUCCUCUACCUGGAGACCCUAAACCGUACAGUGUGGGUAGAUCAAAGACCAACACUAGGUGUCGCUGUCUAGCCCAUCACCUAUGUAUUGGAUAUCUGUAAUCAGUCUAAGACUGAAUUAACAGUGCAGUGGAUAGACCAACACCAGGUCUCACCUUUGACUUAUGUAUUGAUUGGUCGUCCUCGAUUUGCAGAUCUUGAACCAUACCAUGGGUAGACCAACAUCGGGUAUCCUUAUUUAGUGUGUUACUGAUGUAUUGAAUAAAUGUGGGUAGACCAACAUCACGUAUCCCUAUUUAGUAUGUUACUGAUGUAUUGAAUAAAUGUGGGUAGACCAACAUCACGUAUCCCUAUUUAGCAUGCUACUGAUGUAUUGAAUAAAUGUGGGUAGACCAACGUCAGGUAUCCCUAUCUAGUAUGUUACUGAUGUAUUGUAUAAAUGUGGGUAGACCAUCAUCAGGUAUCGCUAUCUAGUAUGUUACUGAUGUAUUGAAUAAAUGUGGGUAGACCAUCAUCAGGUAUCGCUAUCUAGUAUGUUACUGAUGUAUUGAAUAAAUGUGGGUAGUCCAUCAU